AAAGGAAUGGCCAAUAGCCUGCUAAUGCUUAUUCAGAUUGAGUUUGAGGUCCUCGUCCAUUCGUCCUUCCCGUCCCCGUCCUCCUCCUGGGAAUCGGCAAUUCCACUCUCCUAAGUAACUCCCCUUCCCAUCUCCCAAGAAAUCUCUGCACUUUUUCUGUCCCACGUUUUAAGCUCUUCAUCAGUUUCUCUGAACGUCUCGCCCUGCCCCACGACGAGUAUUGAAAGCUGAAACUGAACUCGCUCAUCCACAGAGCAUCCAUCCUCGGCUCCGAUCCAUCACCUGUCUUUAUACCUCAGACAAACAUACACCUGGCUCCUUAGUAUACAAUGAGCCUACUGUCAAGCCAUCGCUAUAACUGGUUUCAGAGGAUCCAAGACCACAGUUUUAAAGGAAAACCCAAGAAGGGCCAAUGUUUAGCAUACUUUAAUACAUAUUUACCUACCAAUGGGUUGUCGGUUUUCCACGGUCAACAACUCUUCACUAGUUCCAGUCGCAGUGCAAAGAAAUAUUGGCAGAUCUUUUCCGCUGCAGAGAAUGAAGGCUUGGAUCCUGAUGAUUCUGAAGAGGAACUUGGAGAUGAAGGAUCUUCCGAGGAUGGCGAUGGCUCUGCAGGGGUGAACAGUGAAAUUCUUAGAGAGAAUCUUGAGAGAAUAGUUGGCUCAGAUGAUUCCACCUUUAGCGGCAUCGAUCUUGCGACUCUUAUCAGGAACAAAUAUGGGAGAUCGUAUGAUAUUCAGCUAAUAAAGAAGGAGUUCAUGGGAAGAAAUCUCCUUGCCCUGAAUGUGAUGUGGAAGUACCUGGAGCAGAGAUCCUUUCCUUUAACUGAAGAGGAGUACAUACUAAGGCUUGAUAAUGUGGCAAACACAUUAAAAUGUUGGGGAGCCGUUUCGCACAUUCGAAACAGCCUGGCGAAGUUGAAAGAGCGUCCUCGGACUGGAAAAGCAGUGAGCAUCUUUAUAGACAUGGAUGAGUCAGGAGGUCGUGCAAAUGAGUGGAUCUACAAGUAGAUAGCAAAAGUGGAGAAACGAGGAGAUUUUCGUCGUUCGGCAGUACUGACCAACAUGCAACUGGAGGCUGCUUUCAGCAACUCUGACAUGUUAGGUUCCUGGGGUCAGUAUUGGCAGUUUGGUAUGCUCUAUCCUGAAAGAGAGCAGUUGAUACUUGAUUUUGAGUUUCUUUUCUUCUCUUCUUGAGGGUGGUGCUUCCUGAGCAUGCUGGCUUCAGGUGCCACUGGCUGUUGCUCUUGUUUACGUUCAUCUUUCCUAUAACCUCAUGGCGUACUGGGGGUCCAGAGAAUUAUGUAAUAACAUCUGAGAGUCAGUAAAAUGUAGAGGUUCAUGUAUCUGAUCUCAACAGUUGAGCGUUUGGAGAAAAGUUCUCCUCUAGAUUUGUUUUGAGAUGGCUGUGUUGUGUACUUAUGCACUUUGUUUGGGGAAAAAAAAUCCAUGAAUUCUCAUCCUUAGAUGUAUUGGUUUUUGUUA